AUGUGCACCCUUGAACCCGCCAUCUCUCCAAAAAUAUAUACAACAAUGACCGGUGAAGCCGAGCAAGAAAUUACUGGGACGACAAACCAGGAGACUAUUAUCAAGCACCCAAAGUUUUUCUUCGACAAUACGCUUAUUGUGAUACAGAUUGAAAACGUUCAAUUCAAUGUGCACAAAUAUCAACUGCUCAAAUCGGAGACUUUUGCGGAUAUGUUCAAAAUAGCGGAAGAAUCGGGGGGAGAUUCAGAAGAUCCAGCAGAAGGUUCGUCCUCGGAGAAGCCAAUUAAAAUGGAGGGUGUGUCCGUCGCAGACUUCGAAAGCCUACUCACAGUCUUGUAUGCCAAUUACUUUUCGACCCACCAACCAGAACCUACGGCAUCAUUGAUUAUUCCGGCUUUCCGAUUGGCCAACAUGUGGAACUUCAAGGAGCUUCGAGAUUACUUGAUGCCACUUGCCGAGCAAGUACUCAAUGACGCUUCUAAAAUUGCUUUUGCUCGGGAAUUUCACGUCCAGCAAUGGAUAGUACCUGCCUUUGUUAGGCUGUGUCAUCGGGAAGAGCCUCUCGAUACUGACGAGGCCAAGAUGAUCGGGCUUGAGGGUGUUCUUCUGAUUUCUCGGAUUCGUGAGGGGAGAUAUACCAAGAAUCCACGGCCUUCAUGUCACACCGAUACAACGGCUCAGAUUUAUUGUAGCUCGUGUGAAGCUAACUACGGCAUGGGCGAUCUUUUCAUGUCCGAAGAAGAGAGUGAGGAAGAGAUCAAUAAAUGGGUUGAGAAUGGGUACCAGUUUGUCAAUUAG